UGCUUAGUUUUUCUUCAUUGUUCAUUACGCUUACCCACUGUUUGUUAAAAUUCCUGAGAGAGUGUUUCAGUUUUUACCCCUUUUAUUCAACAUUUGGUAUUAGAGCUUGGUUUGUUCAGAGAUUGAAGGCAGCAGCAGCAAAGAUGGCCUCCAAAACUUUUGUGCAGCCAGCAAUUCCUCACUUUGACGGUCACCAUGAUCAUUGGAGCAUGCUAAUGGAGAGUUUCUUGAGGUCCAAAGAGUAUUGGAACGUGGUUGAAUCUGGGGCAAUUGAUUGGACAAUCUUGGAGACUAUUCUUUGCAAAGAUACCUGCAAGCAAAUUUGGGAUUCAAUGAAGAAAAAGUACCAGGGAACCACAAAAACAAAGAGGCAGCAGCUUCAAGCACUUUGUUCAGAGUUUGAAAUACUUCAAAUGAAAAAGGGUGAGACUGUUACCGACUAUUUCUCUAGGACAAUGGCAAUUGUCAACAAACUGAGGGCCCAUGGUGAUAGGACACAAGAUGGGGCAAAUGAUCUUGAUGAAAUGUCACUUGAUGAACUUGAAAGUUCUUUGCUGGUAUAUGAAAGGAAGCUAAAUCGACAAGAUAAGGAUGAGUUAGCACUGAAGGUAAAGGAAGGGGACGUGGCAAAUUUCACUCAGCAACUAACAAGCCAAAGUCUACAGGCAAGUCUAUUGUUGAGUGCUAUCAAAGCCACAGUUUUUGAAGAGGCUACCAAAGAAUCAAAAUGGCAGAAGGCAAUAGAUGAAGAAAUUGCAGCCAUUGAAAGAAAUAAUACUUGGGAGUUAACUGAACUUCCAAAAGGGAAGAAGGCUAUUGGAGUAAAAUGGGUCUACAAGACAAAGUUGAAGGAGAAUGGUGAGAUUGACAAAUACAAAGCCCGCCUAGUUGCCAAAGCACAGAAUUCAUGGCCACUUUAUCAACUGGACGUCGAAUCAGCCUUCUUGCAUGGAGACUUGGAUGAGGAGGUAUUUAUUCAUCAAACCCCUGGUUAUGUUAAGGUUGGAAAUGAGCAUAAAGUUUAUAAAUUAAAAAGGGCAUUAUAUGGACUAAAACAAGCCCCACGGGCUUGGUAUAGUCGUAUUGAAUCUUAUUUUUUGAAGGAAGGUUUUCAAAAAUGUCCUUAUGAACAUACACUUUUCAUAAAAUCAGAAGGUGGGAAGAUGCUUAUUGUCUACUUGUAUGUAGAUGACUUAAUCUACACUGGAAAUGAUAUGGUUAUGUUUGACAAGUUUAAGAACUCUAUGAUGGCUAAAUUUGAGAUGUCAGAUCUUGGAUUGAUGCAUUAUUAUCUUGGUAUAGAGGUGAAUCAAUCUGCUGCAGGUUUUUUUAUUUCUCAGAAGAAGUAUGUUCAAGACAUCUUAGACACGUUUCGAAUGAAGAAUUGUAAUCUUGUCAGCACCCCAAUUGAACUAGGUUUGAAGCUUGUUAGGAAUCCUGGGGGGAUGGAAAUUAACAGCACUUUGUACAAACAAAUUGUGGGAAGCUUGAUGUAUUUGACUGCAACAAGGCUAGAUAUCAUGCAUGCUGUAAGUCUUAUCAGUAGAUACAUGAACUGUCCAAAAGAAGUUCAUCUUUUGGCAACAAAAAGAAUUCUCAGGUACUUACAAGGUACAGUUGAGUAUGGUUUGUUCUAUGAAAAUGGAGAAAAGUCAAAUUUGUUUGGGUUCACAGAUAGUGAUUUUGCAAGAGAUCUUGAUGAUAGAAAGAGUACAUCUGGUUAUGUUUUCAUCAUGGGUACAACAGCAAUUUCAUGGACAUCUAGGGAGCAAUCAAUUGUGACUCUUUCAACUACUGAAGCUGAAUUUGUUGCUGCAACAACAUGUGAUUUUCAAGCAAUUUGGCUGAGGAAAGUUCCUGAAGAAUUGCAUGUCAAACAAGAAGGUCCUAUGCUUAUUUUUUGUGAUAACAAUUCAACAAUCAAACUUUCAAAGAAUCCUAUUUUGCAUGGAAGGUGUAAGCAUAUGGAUGUGGAAUUUCAUUUUUUGAGGGAUCUCACAAAUGAAGGAGUCAUUGAUUUGAUCUACUGUAGGACUAAAGAUCAAAUAGCAAACAUUUUUGCAAAGCCUCUCAAGUUAUCAGCAUUUAGGAGACAAAGGGAGUUGCUCACUGUUUGUACUUUUGACAACCAUUAAACUGAUCAUUUGCUAAUGUUUAGUUUAGGGGAGGGUUUGUUGAAUAAGUCUUUAGAUUUUUGCCUGGUAUUUAGCCAUUUCCUUGUACGUGUCUUUAUGUUUCCUAGUUAUUAGGAAGUAGUUUAACAUGUUUUAGUUUUCAGCAUAGUGCUUGCUAUUUUGUAGCUUUGUUUGUUGGCACCUUGACUAUUUUAUGGGCCAUUUGUUUGAUGACUAGAAUUUUAUUAACUAAAAUAUAUUUCUUCCU